AUGUCUAACGGAACACCCCCAUGGCAGUAUACGAGUACUGGGUCGCCCCAAACCCCUAGUGCAGUGCAUGCAGGUUUAUUUGGGAAUAGUGGAAGUUUAAGUUCGAAUAGCAGUGCUAGCAGUGCUAGCACUGGGAACACAUCAGCUUUCAAUAUGAGCGGUUUCGAGGGAAGUGGGAAGGCGAAUAUGAAUAUGAAUAUGCAUAUGAAUGCGAAUUUGAACGGUGGUGGGAUGCAAGGGCUGCCUCCAACAAUGCUGAAUGCGAAUAUGCCGAUAAAUGUAGGGACUGGUUCUCUCAUGUACACUCUGCCACACGAAUCGCUCAUAAGCAAGAACAUGAGCAAAUCGUUCGAGGACGAUCUAUUUUUUUGUCCCAGGUCGCUACUCUCGAAGGAAGAGCUUUCGCAGUGCAGCCAGAUAGAUCUUCUGUACUGUCAACAGCAGCAACAACAGCAACAGAUCCAGCAGAUCCAACAAAACCACGCGGUAUCGCAACAGCCUGUUCAGCAACAGAGGCCUAGGUUCAACCCAUACGUGUCCCAGAGCUUCAACCCUGGCGCAGCCUAA